AUGCACUGGGCACGAUGCCGAGUGUUGCGCGUGUGCCAUGUGGUGAGCGUGCGCGUGCUGAUGUGCGUGCGGGUGGUGCACGUGAGAGGGAUGGCGGUGCGCGAGGCGCGACGGCUGGGACGCAUGGCGGGCGCAAAGGUGCGUAGCGCUGCCAUGGUGCUCCGCGAGAGACAGCGUCGAGCAAGACGGCCGCCAGUAGCCGCCCUCCUCCAUGUCAGGUCCUGGGGGACAUCGCGCUGCGCCACAGCACGCGCAGCGCCUCGAGCACGUCAGCGCAUGUCGCCGCGCCUCGUGCGGGCACCAGUCCUCGCGCUCGCGGCCCGACACCCUUUCCACGCGUCGCUACCGUUCCCGCUAGUGUCUCCGCCGAGCGGAUAG